AUGGCAGGCACGGCGAUGGACGUGCUGAGCCUGCGGGAGUUCGCGACUGGGGCCGAGUUCUAUGAAGAGUCACGGAGAGCGGAGAGCUUCGCUGAGUCGACUCACGAUUUGGGCUGGGACCCUGCGCAGAUGGCUGCCGCCGGGUUCGUGUGCCUGGAUCAGCAGCCGGGAGUCGAUGUCUCGGCGCGGUGCUUCUUCUGUCUGCUCGAGGUUCGACGCUGGGUCUCUGGGGACGAUCCCAGGCAGGUGCACGCACUGCGCUCUCCCGCGUGCGCGUUCCUCGCUCUGCGCUCACCGUACGCCCUCCUCCCCGUCGAGGAGUUCCUGCGCCUUGAGCUUCAGCGCGCACACAACUACGUGAGGGAGAUGGAGUGCCGCUUCCUGCACGAGUUCAUGGACAGCGCGGCCACCGUGCGACUCCACAUGGAGCGAUUCAUCCGCUAGGGGAGGGGGAGUGAGGGCAGGGGGUCAUCGUCAGCACCCCUGUUCCACCAACUCUAACCCUAAUCUCACCCUGACUCGCAUCAUAACCCUAUAAUCACAACUCCCUAACGCUAAACCUAACCCCUUAACUGUAACCCAAACCCUAUAAUCCUUACUAACCUUAUAACUAACCUUAUAAUCCUUACCCAACUAAGCCUAUAAUCAUAACCCAUACCUUGUGAUCUUAACCCUGAAUCUAGCUGUAUGAUCCUAACCCCCUUCAGCCCAACUCCAACCCUAACUCUAACCACAACACCAACACUUCAUAUCCCUUAUCCUCUAACUCAAUGCCCCACUAUCUCUAAUCCUAACCCCAGCUCUAUCUAACACGAUCGCUAACCCCAACCCUGACCCUGCCCGUCUGCCCCACUUGUUAUGUGAGGUCCUAGACUCCCGUCCCCAUGACCCCGGGCGCCAC